CCAGUUGAGCUUCUGUAGUUUGGGUGACAAUCUACUUCCUGUUCCCGUCCUGUUCCGCUACACUCCUCGUCAGCCAGCAUGGAUCGCUGCGUCAACGCCACCCCGUUGUUUCUUUCCUCUUAGUUUGUGUUGAAACCUCGCCGUGUGUCCUCUGGAGUAUUGUCAACUUCCUCGACGUCAUGUUUACCACCACCGGUUCCCGGGGCCUGUACAAGGCUCCUCUGUCCAAAGGUCUGCUGUUAGUUCUGAGCGGGUUGACGGUGAUGCUCCUCCUGCUCCCGCAGUACCAGCACAUGUUUGAGUACAACCUGCAGGCUGUCAGCCACCAACAGCAGGUGUGGCGGUUGCUGUGCGGCAGGCUAGUGUGUCUGGACGUGAAAGACUCCUUCUGCAGUGCCAUGCUCAUCUACAACUUCCGAAUCUUUGAGAGGAGGUUUGGCUCCAGGAAGUUUGCCUCCUUCUUGUUGGGCACCUGGUUUGUCUCUGCACUGCUGGAUUUGCUGUUGGCUCAGGCGUUCUCCUUCCUUUUUGACUACGAGGUGGAGGAGUUGCCUGCGGGGCUGCUGGCCCCGGUCUUUGCUCUCUUUGUGCCUUUCUAUUGGUCCAUUCCCAAGGUGCCCGUCACCCAGGUGCUGGGCCUCGUCAGCAUCACCAACAAAACCUUGGUCUACAUCGUCGGACUGCAGCUGUUGACGUCCAGUCCCUUCAUGUGGGUCCUGGCACUCAGUGGCCUGAUCUCGGGUGGUUUGUACCACUCCAACGUGCUCUGGCUCCAGAAAUUUCUCUUUGUGCCUGCCUGGCUGUGUGCCGUCGCACGCUACCUUCUGGAGCCGCUCUUCUCCAGUUCUCAACCAACCAGCGAGGCGCCUCUGGGGAUGGGCGCCACGCUGGACAUCCAGAGGCAACAGCGGAUGGACCAACUGGAUCAAGAGCUGCUACUGGCCCAGUUCAACGAGGCCCGCGCAAACUCCAGACACCAAGCACAACAGACUGGCUUGCUCCCGUGGAGCAGGUUGUUCCCCUCCCUGAGACGCAGAAGAGAAGCGCCGCCGCAGGCUCAGACUCAGCCCAGCGCGCCGCCGCUGCCACCAUCCGACAACGCUGUCGCAGAGGAGCAGGUCGCCAGGUUAGUGGAGAUGGGCUUCUCCCGGCCGGAUGCCCUCGAGGCCCUCCGAGCGUCCAACAACGACAUCAACAUAGCCACCAACUUCCUCCUGCAGCACUGAGAGACGCGAGGGCGAUACCAGAAGCGAAGCAGUGCAGCCGAAAACAAAGUCAGAGUCGAGUUUGGGGGGAAAAAAAGAUGACAAGGCAGGUGAUGUGAAGGCUGCGUACGGCUGGCCGAUCACGCCCCGAAACGGACAGUUGCAAUCAACUGGGCAGGACGUUUGAAGCAUUAAGUCGAACAUCCUGGGCUCAAAUGACAAGCCUCAAAUUACAACAAUAACAAAUGUGAUCCAGCUAGCCUUCCGUCAAAGCACGAUGAAGCUCCUCACGUUAACGCAACAUUCAGUCGUUGCUUGGUUACCGCUGAACUUAGCAUCAGCAUUAGUUAAGAGUUCGGCACGCUCCGUAGCUGUACGAGUGAUACUGAUGACCCCCGUGUACGCCAGCGUAACCAGCGACCCUCAAAACUGUGCCGACCGUAUGAAAAACAUCACACCCACAAGGCAGAUAUGCUGUACGGAUAUUUUUAUGCAAUUUUCAUCUCACAUCGGAUUAUAACAAAUAGUCUCCACACCGAUACAUUUCAUUUUACAGUCUAAAAUUACACUCAUGAGCUUUAUUUUGAUAUGCUUGUCCAUAUGUCGUGUCUCUAAAAUGAUUUUGUUGUUGUUGUUGUGUUUCUCUUUGAGCGAGUCAGCGAAUGUAAUUGUAAUUGAAGGCAGCAGAUCUUUGCGAGGACGCACGUUCAUUCCGUCUUUCGGGUUACGUGGGUCAUCUCAGGUGAGACAACCCCCCCCCCUCGCUGCACUGGAUGUAUUUAUUAGAUGAUGUUCCAGUUUGAAACAUCACAAAGCCGAAAUGUUUAUUUGUUAUGCAGUAAAUAUGACAGAGGCACACAACCGUUUGUGCAUACUGCAAAUGUUCAAGAGGUAGCAGUUAAGUGUUGACUUCGUAAAGGGUACCAGUUCUGUAUGUC